CCAGUCAUGAUGAGUGUCCGCCAGGCGAGGAACGCCCCACCGCGGGCUCAUGAAGAACAGGUAUUGUACACACGCGGUGAGCCUGAGCCCAAGCGCUUCAGACCCCUCCCCGUCCACUCCAACGUCAUCUACGACGACGAGCCCGAGGUCGUGCCCAAGCGCCGCCGCGUAGCUGCGGACCCUGGCGUCUUUCAGCCUGCCAACACGGGCGUCGAGUAUGUUCGUCUCCGUCCAGUGCCACGUGCAGAUGACCGUUUCUUUCCUUCGUCUUCAUCAGCCGCGUCAUCCCAGGGGAUAGAGGAGCGCCGCUACGAUCACGCAUUUACCCAGAAUGCUGUCGUUGAUAGCCAGCCGUCUAUGAUGUCUCAGCAGCCUCUGGCGCCUAGAGAGCUCCGGCCUGUCAGGCACGUGGCAGACCAUAAUGCGGCUUUUGGUAAGCUUUCAUUAGAUGAUCGUGCGCAGCGAGGUGAGUCUCAGGCGCCUAUGCGGCAGCGAGUUGUAGAGCAGCAGCGGCCGACUGCUUAUGUGUCUGAGAACCGCCCUCCGGGAGCGUAUGAACAACGCUAUGCUGCUCAGGAGCCACAGUACUAUCAGCGCCCUGUUGGAGUGACCCGCGAGCAGGCAGAGUACCAGUCUCGUGACCCUGUACCGUUGUAUUUGCCGGCGAGACCCCCACCAGCGGAGCGUCCGCGUCCAGAAUUACCAGCGAGGCCUUUACCAGCUGAACGUCCCCAUUCUGCUUUACCAGCCAGACUCCUACCAGCCGAACGUCCAUACGGCGACUUUGAGCCGCAGCCUGUAGAGUAUCGACGCGUCCCUUCACGAGAGCAGCAGUACCGGGAAGUUCGUACACGGCCUGCGGAGGACAUCGGAGAUCCAAGAUAUGCAGCGCGACAGGUUAGACCGUGGGGCAAGGUGCGGUAUGAAGUCGCUCCUGGGCCGGCACCGAAUGGGCCGAAGAUGUAUUCGGGGAGUACGCCAAGACCGGGGAGGUUAUUGUGUUGGAUUGACUGGAGGUCGAACUAUUUGGUGGACGAUUAG